CGAGUGUUGUGCCGCAGUGAGAAAAGGAAAAGCAGAAUCUCCAGUAUUCGAAUGGAGAGCCGGACGAGAAAUAAACGAAAUGGAUUUAGUGUGGGAAUCGCCUGAAAGUUGAUUUUUCGGACCGAGGAUCAAUAACCCAACUCGUCGACAUGAGGAGUAGACAUCACUCUUUCAAAGAAGUAUCUAAACCUUCCACACAAACCAGAAGGAGAUUCUCCGUCUGUUUUGGGAAGAAGUUACUUGAAAAUAAUAGAAGAAUAAGUCAACCUAACUUAUUAGAACAUGGAGGAAAUAUUAACCAUUCUGACGCACAGCAAUUGAUUGGCCAUCAGCAGCGGGUAUGUACCAUGAAUGUGUCUUCAGAACAGGAGGAGGUGACGGGGAAUGGCCGUUGUUUCCACUUUACUUUAGACAGUGCUGAUAUGUCACCCCAUCAUCUCCAUGUUGUUGGACCAUCUUUUCUCCAUCCAACUGACUUCCAUCCACUGCUACAUCGUGGAGAUGUUCUGCUCAAGUCCAAUCGCAGUUCACAUAGCAGCGAUAGUUCCUCAGCUUAUUAUUCAGGAUCGGACAUCAUCCACUCUGUCCCAUCAUCUCUCGAUGAUCCUGAAGUUGACUUAUCUGGAUUGGCAGAAAGUGCUGUUGAUUCUGAUGAAGAAGAGGAACUUGCUGAAUCAUUAGAUAGUUUAACAGUGAGAGAUACAGUAAAAGAAUGUUUGGACAAAAGUCCUUGUAUGAGAACAGAUGAAGAUAUAGAAUUUCUUUUAGAAUUUGUGAAACAUUUGCCUGCAUUUGCAAACAUGACACUUGCAGUAAGAAGAGCUCUUUGUGCAGUAAUGGCAUUUGUCAGGUUUGAGAAAAUGGGUAGUGUAGUCUUGAAUGAUGGAGAAGAAUUAGAUUCUUGGUCAGUCAUAAUUAAUGGGCAGGUUGAAAUAGAACAUCCUGAUGGAACAUUACAAGAACUUCAUUUAGGAGAAAGUUUUGGUAUUAGUCCAAGCAUGGACAAGAUAUUUCAUCACGGUAUUAUGAGAACAAAAGUCGAUGAUUGCCAAUUUAUAUGUGUUGGAUUGACUGACUAUUAUAACAUUUUGCAUCAAGGAGAAGAAAAUACAAAGAAGCAUGAAGAAGAUGGUCGAGUUGUAUUAAUUACAGAACAUAGAGUUUUUGAUGGAGGAAACUGCAAAGGACAUGUUGUUAUUAGAGGAACAGUUGAUAGAUUAAUUUCACAGUUAGUGGAAGAUAACUCCAUGGAUCCUUGCUAUAUUGAAGAUUUUUUGUUGACAUACAGAAUAUUUUCGUCUAGUCCUCUCCCAAUUGCCAAUAACCUUAUAGAAUGGUUUAAUGAUCCACAUCUCAGGGACAAGGUAACACGUGUUGUUUUGUUGUGGGUUAAUAAUCACUUCACAGAUUUUGAAACUGAUAGAGGUAUGAUGGAUUUUUUAGAAAAGUUUGAAGCUUGUUUAGAAAGUGAGAAAAUGAAAAGCCAGCUACAAUUAUUGAAUUUAGCUUCGGCAACAAAGGCACGCAGUCGUACAAUUACAUUAGCUCGUUCCACAAGAGAUGAAGUUUUGCAUUUCUCUAUUUUGGGAGGUUAUGAAAGAGGAUUUGGAAUAUUUGUUUCUAAAGUCAAUAGAAAUUCCAAAGCUGAAGAAAUGGGUCUUAAAAGAGGAGAUCAAAUAUUAGAAGUUAAUGGUCAAAGUUUUGAGCACAUGAGUCAUGCAAAAGCUCUAGAAAUUUUACGUGGUACUACACAUCUAUGUAUAACAGUGAGAUCUAAUUUAUUAACAUUCAAAGAAAUGCUCAAUACACCUGAAAAUUCCCCCCGUCCACGAGGAAGAAAAACGUCCGAAAUUGCUCGGUUACAGCCAGAUCCUAGAGCAAGGUUAUCAUCACAGAUGGAAUGGCAAGAGGGAAAUAAUAGAAAUGAAAAUAUGUCCCCUAAAUCGACAACAAAUUUUAUUUAUCCAUCUACUGAUGGAUCUAUAUCAAAAACUAAUGGAACACCUUCCAGUGAUGGGCGUAAAGAAGAUAAAAAGGGUUUCAUGACACUAGGACAUAAGGCAAAGUUAAGACGAGCUCUAGCAAAGAUUAGUCUAAUUCCAAAGUCUCUAAAUAGUGAAUCUCAUUUAAAUAGUUCUGAUGAUAGUCUUUAUGCUGGUCAUCAUAAUGGUGGUUCAGGUUAUCGGGUUAGAGCAACUUCACCUCAACGAACAUCAGGAGGUAGCAUGCUGUUCCACAGUCAUAGCAAUCCUGAUCUAACAUUAUUGUUUACAUCAUGUGACCAAGAUUUGCAUUUAGAAUAUCCUGAGCAUGUUUUAAAAAUAUAUAGACCUGAUCAAACUUGUAAAUAUUUACUUGUUCAUAAGGAAACAACAGCGCGAGAAGUUGUAAUGCUUUCACUUAGAGAAUUUAGUAUAACAGAUCCUAGCAGUAAUUAUUCUUUAUGUGAAGUUUCUGUUGGAGAAGGUGGAAUGGUAAAACAAAGGAGAUUACCUGAUCAAUUGCAAAAUUUAGCAGAACGCAUUAAUCUUAGUAGUAGAUAUUAUUUGAAAAACAAUGCUUCCACAGAACCUCUGGUGCCAGAUGAAUUAGCUGUGGAACUGUUAAGAGACAAUCAAGUUCAUCUGCUGCAUUUAAAUAGUGUAGAAUUAGCAACUCAAUUAACAUUAGAAGAUUUUAGUAUAUUUAGACAAGUAGAACCAACAGAGUACGUUGAUGAUCUCUUUGAAGUAAAAUCAAAAUAUGGAACUCCAAUGUUAUCAAAAUUCAUGGAAUCUGUAAAUAAAGAGAUGUUUUGGGUAGUUUCUGAAAUAUGUUCAGAGCCUAAUUUAAUAAGAAGAAUGAAAAAAAUCAAACAAUUUAUUAAAGUUGCAAGACAAUGUAGAGAAUGCAAGAAUUUCAAUUCAAUGUUUGCCAUCUUAAGUGGUUUAGGUCAUGGAGCAGUUUCACGAUUACGAGCAACUUGGGAAAAACUGCCAUCAAAAUAUCAAAAAAUAUUUGAGGAUUUGCAAGAUCUGAUGGAUCCUUCUCGUAACAUGUUCAAAUACAGAGCUCUAUUGUGUAGUGAAAACAUUCAACCUCCAAUGAUUCCAUUUUAUCCUCUUGUGAAGAAAGAUUUAACUUUCAUUCAUCUUGGAAACGAUACAACUGUUGAUGGAUUGAUAAAUUUUGAAAAAUUAAGAAUGAUUGCCAAGGAAGUUCGUCAGCUAAUGAAUAUGUGUUCAGCUCCUUAUGAUUUAUUUAAUAUGCUGGAAUUAGGAGGUGCUGCUCCUACAGCAGCAAUGGCUUCACUGAAUAGUUUUGCUACAACUACAAAUGCAGCAACUGUUAAAAGAAGGAAGAAAAGUUCUACACAGUUAAAUCCAAAGAAAAUGUUUGAAGAGGCGCAAAUGGUUAGAAGAGUGAAAGCAUAUUUAGCAAAUUUGAAAAUAACAACUAAUGAAGAUCAGUUGCAUGCAAUGUCACUUGAAUGUGAACCAAUGGCAACCACAGGGAUGAGUGCUGUACAGACUAGAAGACGUCAUCCUUCUCCAACACUAUCAUCCGCUAGUAGUAAUAGUACCACAUCUGAAGGAAAAAAAUCCAUAACAUCAAGUUCAAGAUUUGGGGCUGAUUCCCCCCAGGCUGUUCGUAAACUUCUCUCCCUCUCGGAAUCAUCUAAAGUUCGACCUCACCAAUCUUCUCACCCUCAUCACUCCCUCACUCCUUCUCCUUUUCCAUCACCCAAUACCAUCCGUCGUCGCCACGAUAGUCGCCAUGGUCGAUCUCAUAGUGAUACAACUAAUCCAAUGUUGCCGGUGGAGUUGUCUUCAGAAAGUUCCAGUGUCGUCAGCUUUAAUAAUUUUCACCUGAGGAAAUCGCAAACCUCAGGCAGAUCACAACCAGAACUUGGGCCAGUUUGGUCCAUGAAUUCCAGUGACAGUGGUAGCAUAGGUAGCUAUCCAACUCAACCAUCCUGUGAUACUGAUUCUGGUCAUGUGUCAUCAAACUUUGACACUCACAGUAACAGUUCCAUGGGCUCUACAAAUUCACCUCCACAACAAAGAUCACAGAUGGGUAAUAGAAUGGUUGGUCACAAUGUCCAUGCUAAAAUGUCCCAUAAUCGAAAAAUCGCUCAUUUGGGCAGAGCCCAUAGCCAAGAUCGUAUGCUAGUAGGAUAUUACAGCAGUGAUGUUACAGAUCCAGAAGAUGAUGGCGAGGUUUAGCAUUUUUUUAAGUAAUGAACAUCAACAAUAUAGACAAACAACCUAAGUUUAAUCUACAAUAUGUAGAAAGUGCUGGUCACAGAAAUAUUAUUUACCUAGUCUCAAUUAUUGACUAUUGAAUUUUUGUUGAUUUUAGCCAUUAAUUGGAAUCUCUGAAGUGACAUUCAUAUAUAUAGAUAUAUAUAAAAAUAUAAUACAAUAUAUACAUAUAUAUAUGAAAAUAGACACUAUAUCCUCAGUUAACCAAAGAAGAAAGAAUUUGGAUACAGCAAACAAUUAGGUGUUCAUCAUGGUGAUAAAUCUGUUAUUACAUGACAGAUAUUUUAUUUUCGUUUGUUUAAAACAGUUUCUAGUGUUCACAAGAACCAAAACUUUGUGUAUAUUUGUUAAUUUGUAAAUAACUUAGUUUCUAGAAUGAGAUUUAUUUUAUUAUUAUUAUCAUUAUUAUUAUUAAACUUCCAAACAGUCUAAAUGCUCGUUUAAUAACAUUUGAAAAGUACAUGAUCAUCAAAACAGUAAAAGUACAAAGCUUGUGAUUGAUAUAUGAAAUAAACUGAUGAUCUGUAAUUUUUAUUUAAAGGUGUACAAAUCUAUACUGAAUAUUUUUAAUUGUAUUUAACUGUAACAUGCAGUAUUGCUAUUGUAACCUAUUUAAAAAAAAUUAUUAUUUAAAUGUUUAUAUUUAGGAAAUUUUUGUUGUAAAAUAUUAAAACUAGCUAUCAACUGUUUUCUGUUGGAAAAUGUUUUGUUCAGUGGAUAUUUAUCAUAUAUUCUUUCUUCUAGGUUUUUGUUGUUGAUAAUGUUCAAUAUUCAAUUUUUAAACAGUUAAGAUUGUCUACAUUUGGCUAAUGUUCGUGUUUGUUAAGAAUAAGCUUCAGCUUUGUUUAUAAAACGUGUUCAUCUAAAUCUUUUAAAUGUUGAAACAGCAUAAGUUCUGUUUACUGUUUGCAUCUUUCCAUUCUUUAUCAAGAUGUCCACAAUAGUAAAAAAAUUCAAAAUAUUGCAAAAUGAAGAAGAGCAAAUUAUUAAAUUUCUGCCUUAAAAAUGCCUUAUGUUAUGCUAUUUCUGAAGAAAAGCUUUUUCUUUUAUAAGCCUUUUCCUUACGAAAUUUGUAUGUUAGUGCUUUGUCAAAUUUGAAUGAUAUUGUGUGAAGUGAAAAUUCAUUUAAACAUUUUUUUGGUGUUAAGAGUGAUCAAAUUUAACAAAGAAAAAAAAAUCAUAAUGUUAUUGUUAACCUCAGGUAUAGUGAGAAAAAAAAAUGUGGUCAACAUAUGAAUCUCUGAUUUUUGAAUGAAACAAAUGUGCAUGGUGUCUUUGAAG